CUUUAUUUUGAAAAGCAAACUUUUUUUAUUUUGAAGAACGAUCCAGGAAGUAGCAGAACAAAAACAACUACAAUUGUGUUCAAUGCUCUAUGGUGUGAACUGUGUAGUCUGAAGACGUUGACUUUACACUGCAAUGCAAAUUGCUAUAACAUAAGUGUUUAACAUAAACAUAGUGCUAAGGACAUGUCCGAUACUGUCGCAUUUCAUGCUCAGCUAGCCUCCAUCGUCGAGGUAUUGGCGAAUGCAGCCGUUGCCGAAAUCUGCAAACUUGUAGAUGACGGCCAUGCUGCUUUACGUUUGGAAAUUUCCCAUGGCCAGAAAGAAAUUGAGAACUUGCGGAGGAAGCUGGUUUUGACAAAAUGUCAGACUUCUCGACGGAGCUCAGAGAGAUUUGGAGCCCUGCGACGCACAGUUCACAGGCACGUGGACACAAAUCAUGUUGCCCGGGGAAGAGGGAGCUUUGUAGUGAAGUCGACAGGCAGACUUGGAUAUUUGAAGAAUCGUUUUGACGACAUUGAAGAGGGCAACUUCAUGCAGGAUGUCACUACCUGGAAAGACGCUGGACGCACAGCGACAGACCAUAAUGGGGGCAUGCAGAUGGCAGAUAUGCAAGAGGAAACUUGUGUCAAAAUGGAGAACCUUGACACCAGUACAAUAGAAGAGAUUGUCCAACCAGUCAGUGAGAGCAGUGAGAAGAUCAUUGUGGCAGAACCAGGUUCUUCAUCAUCUACUGAAACCACAGACCAUCUGGACCAGCAGGGCAACAGACACAGAGCUCCAGACACCUCACUCAAUAUAGAACCUGAAAACCAGACGUUCCAGCAUCCAGCAUCACAAUACAGCAGAGCAAGACAGGACCAUCAGGUUGCUGAGGGUGUGACCUGGGAAACUGACCAUCAACCCAUAGAAUACAGCCUGUCCCAAUGGACAGAGAACCAAGAGACUGACAACCCAACUGUGAAUGCUCCUCACAAUGCAGGGCCAGACUCCAAGAGGCUGUCUGGACAUCCAGAGAGGAGAGGGGCGCCAGGUAACUCUGGGGUCUGCAUGUCUGCUUCAGGCUCUCUGGACUGGCUGCCUGAUGUGGUGAUGGUGGACUCAGUUCCCAUUAAAGUGGAGGCAGAUAUGAGUUCAGAAUGGAGCAUAACUGGCCAAGAGGUGACAUCUGGAGAGGUUUGUUCAGACAGCAGGCAGCUUGUGGACAACAGAGGAAGAGGGGGAAUGGAGUUUGGACAGACAACAUGUCCCCCUGACACUCAACAUGUAGAGCAAGGGAGAACUGUAGGACCAAGGUCCAAGUUUCCAGAUAUCAAUGGACUGUCCAACCGAAACAGCUUUUCAUCCCCAAGGGUUACUCUCCACCAGGUUCCCCAAAGAGGGAAGCCAGCACCCUUCCCGAAUUUCAACAGAGGCUCCACUUCUUCAUCGAAAGGCAUAGAAAAGCAGCAACAACAGCUGACGUCUCACUCCAGCAAGAGAUAUCUCCGGUGCAGCCUCUGCGGAAAGCCAUUCCCCCAGGCGUACCUAAGCAGGCACAUGCGGGUCCAUACGGGGGAGAAACCGUACGGCUGCAGCCACUGCACCAAGCGCUUCUCCCACAGCCACCAGUUGAAGAGGCAUGAGAGGGUCCACACCGGAGAGAAACCGUUUCAAUGUGUCUACUGUGGGAAGUGCUUCACCCAGUCCUGUCACAUGAAGAAGCACCUCCUCGUCCACACUGGCGGCAGGCCACAGGACGUUGUGCUGCCCUAAGUGUUCCUGGCUAUAGUUCAGACUAGAUACAGAUCUAGGAUCAGCUUCCUCUCCCACAAUCCUAACCUGGACCAUUAGUGGAUUUUUUGUAUUCUUUAAACUGACCCAACAUCAGCAUCUAAGGGCAACUUCACACUACUCCUCCCAGUGUAAUGAUAGGCAGGGCCUGGAGUUUUUCCUCACCACGUGACCAGGCCAGGGAAAAACUCCUGGCCCUAGUUGUAAAUGGAAUGUCUCAACACUACUGUGGUUUAUAUAUGAAUACUGGGUCCAUGUGUUUUUCACUUUGAAUGGUUUCCUCAUUGAACGCUUCCCUCUGUGUGUAGUGGUCGUGUUUUCAGGACAACUGGCUUGAUGCUUGGUCCAGCGUGGAUUGAUCAUGUAUAAGUUAUUACAGGUGAAGAUUUUAAACGUAUUUUAGUCCGUUAGCAGACGCUCUUAUCCAUAGCGACUUACAAGAGCAUUUAGGGUUAAGUGCUGUGCUCAAGGGCACGUUGACAGAUUUUUCAGCUUGUCGGCUAGGUGAUUCCAACCUGCGACCUUUCAGUUAUUGGCUCAACACUCUUAACCGCUUGGCUACAUCCUUAUGAAUUUGUAUUUGUGCAGUGGGGAACCAAAGUACAAUAAUUAAGACUACAUUUCCAUUAACCUGUCAAUAAGACAGAUUCCCUAUCAGACUGAUAGACUGUAACGAUGUAGAUAGAUUUCAUAUCAUUGUGAACAGAGUUCUGGAAGCACUGGACAGGUGCCUGGGCGAGCAAGGCCUGUUGGUGGUUGAGAGUUUGUUGCUCGUCUCUGUUCGUACUUGGACGCAGGGAUGAGGAGGAGGAAGGCGCUGGGUUCCCAGACGCCAGCACACACCUUGCCCUGGAAACGAACCUGGCGUCCCAGCAGUUACAAGGAGAGAGAGAGUGCUGACUGGAAUGAGAUCUGAUCCUGAACCCAAGUAGUUACUGAAAGGAGAAGCCAGGACAUUGUGGUUACAGGUCACUGUGAAGGACAACAUGUUAUUUAGGUGUUUAGCUAUGACUCAAGACUAUCAGAAAUCCCUUUGGCUAUUUAUAUACAGUACCAGUCAAAAGUUUGGACACACCUACUCAUUCCCAAGUGGGCUCCAGAGUGACGCAGCGGUCUUAGGCACUGUGUCUCAGUGCUAGAGGUGUCACUACAGACUCUGGUUGGAUUCCAGGCUGUGUCACAACCGGCCGUGAUUGGGAGUCCCAUAGGGCUGCUCACAAUUGGCCCAGCGUAUUCUGGGCAAGGGUUUGGCCGGGGUAGGCUGUCAUUGUAAAUAAGAAUUUGUUUUUAACUGACUUGCCUA